UCACUCAUCAUCAUAUAUAGCACCAAACAUAUAUCUGUUAUUUCUGCUCUCUUUCUUUCAAUAAAUUAAGCUCCCUCUCACAGCCGUUGAAGGGGAGAAUGGGGAGAAAGUGCUCACAUUGUGGAAACAUAGGUCAUAAUUCCAGGACCUGUGCAUCUUUCAGAGCAACUAAUUUUGUAGGAGUUCGUCUUUUUGGGGUUCAACUAGCUGACAUAUCAUCAACCUCUUCUAAUUCUCUUUCCAUGAAGAAAAGCUUUAGCAUGGAUUCCUUUCCCUCUUCGUCCUCUCCAUCUUCCUCCUUUUCUUCCUCAAGAACCUCUAUUGGCUAUCUAUCAGAUUCAGAUGGCCUCAUUGUUGGAGCACAAGAGAUUAGGAAGAAAGGAGUACCAUGGACAGAAGAAGAGCACCGAACGUUCCUUGCUGGACUUGAGAAGCUGGGAAAAGGUGAUUGGAGGGGUAUCUCUAGAAACUAUGUGACUUCAAGAACCCCAACCCAAGUCGCUAGCCAUGCUCAGAAGUACUUUAUUCGCCUUGCAACCAUGAAUAAGAAAAAGAGACGUUCAAGUCUUUUUGACAUGGUUGGUAACGGCAUCACAAAUCCAAUUAGCAGCUCUAACUGCAAGUCUUCCAAAUGUGAAAUUGAGGAUGAUGUGACCUUGUCACUUGUUCGAUUACAAGAUACUAAAUUAGAUGAGCAGAAAGAUAGUGAUAAAUAUUGUGAAGCUGGACCAGCAGGUGCUGAACAUGAAGCUGUGCCUUUGUGGCUUCAUCCUCAGAUGAAAUCUUCAAAUAAUAAUGUUGCAGCAGUAGUUCCUGAUCUGGAGCUCACUCUUGCAGUCUCCAAGGGCAAGGCUAAGACCCUGCUAGGCCUGGAACAAACACAAACAAAAUCAUCCCCAGAUUCCUUCCUUCUUGGACCAAUUAGCGUGACUUGAGCUAUGAAUUCUCUAGGGUUAAUGCAGUUGCACCCCUCGGCCCCUCUUUAUUUGUUGUCAAGUACAAGAUCUUCUGUUCAAAAAAGAAAUUAAACACAUUUUUCUUGUUGGUAGUCAUUAACCAACCACUAAUCUAUGCAAUUACAUCCCUUCAUGAUAUAUACCGUACGUUACAUA